UGAAAGAUUGAAACUUCUACAACAUUUCUACCAUUUGGGUUUGUGGGGUAUCUCUAUAAUUUCCUUUCCAUCUUUUAAAUUUUUGAGGUUUUGUCACUUGAUUAUCUGCGAAAAACGAAAAUGUUGUGCUUUUUGGGUUCUUGAUUAUCUUGUAGUGUCUAUGUUGCCGGUUGAUUAGAAACUUUAGACUGGCGUUAGAUGGCGGGAGUCAACGGAUGAGUAAAGGCGUAAUGUAGAAGGUUGCGGUAAAGAGGGCAGUUGAUUAUUAUGCUCUUUAGUUGAAAAUAAUAUGUGGUUAGUUGUAACUGCCUGUGAAAAAAGGAUGCCUGAAAGUUAAAGAGGGGAAGAAGGAGGGUUUAAGCAAUCAAUGGCAUUCGUGGAGCCGAAUCACUUGCAUUUUUUGGGAAACGGAAGAGCAAGCUAACUUUUUGGGUUUCGUUGAGUUAAUUUGCAUCGUAUUGACUCUACCAGCACAUUCCUUACAAGAGUCGAAGUAUCGUGAAUCUGUGAUAGAGGAGCAAUUGCCAUCGUUCCAUAAUGCAAGCUGCUGAUAUUUUGUUAUGGAAGCGGGGGCGUGUUUCCUUUGUCACUAUCAUUGUUGCUACAGUUGCCUGGCUUGUGUUUGAGCGGUCUGGACUAUCAUUCUUAUCAAUUUGUGCAGACGUCUUGCUGAUUUUGGUUGUACUCUUAUUCCUUCGUGCCAACUAUGCUGAUUUCAGAAAUAAACAACUGCAAACAUUACCGGAGCUAGUUGUAUCAGAGGAAAUGGUUCAUAAUGUUGCAGCGUCGUUCCGUGUUAAAAUCAACAAUGUGUUGCUUAUGGCUCAUGACAUCACUCUUGGCAAAGACUUUAGACUAUUCUUCAAGGUGGUGGUUUGUUUGUGGCUCUUGUCCGUCAUUGGCAGCUUUUUCUCCUUUUUUACGCUUGCCUAUAUCGGUUCAAUCUUGUCGAUAACACUUCCAGCCUUAUACAGCAAAUAUGAAGAGACCGUGGAUAGGUGUUUCGGAAAUAUCCACCGGCAGUUUUCAAAGCAUUAUAAAAUAGUGGAUGAUGGUGUUUUCAACAGACUUCCCAGAAAUGUACCCAAGGACAAAGAUUCGUAAGCCGGAUAAUUUAGAUUCAGACGCUUAGUCAUCAAUAUCGUACUGUUAGGUUUGGUAUUUCGUUAUAAAGUCAUCGAUAUGUUGGAUACUUCGCCGCUGCUUCCUCAUACAAGGCCCGGCAUAAUUUUCCGUUCUUUUCGUUCAUGUUCCAUCGUCUGUACGCUGCUUUGUAGUUGUGUUGGUCAGGAUGUGAAACUUGAGGUCUUCUUCAACGAGUGAACAUUUCGGAUAUCGAAUGAAAAUGCAAGUGACCUUGUUCACUGAAUCACUGUAAACAUCAUCCGCGAACCAAACAAAGUGCACCUGCAGCGAAUAUCGAAUGAAAAUGCUGGUGAGUUUUCAAGAUCAUUCAAUUGAUCAAGGGAUUGAUCGUACUAGUAAGGUCUUCCACAAAUUCAUCCAUGAAAAUGUAGGUCAUUCAAACUCCUUAAUUGCAGAUAAAUGUACUGUGGCUGCUUCAUUGUACGGAUAUCUGGAAGAAUAUGAUAGUUAAGAAGAGAUUAAUUUGUCAGUCA